UGGAAAUGACUAAUGACGUUAUGCGGGCACGUCCCGUGAGGACGCGACACCGCGUUUCGAAGCUAUGACCCUACUUCUUCCUCAGCUGAACCUCACGUCGAAACUCCACGGCAUUUUCCAAUAUCGAAUCGCGACCAUCGUGAAGCUUCGUUGCUCUGCGCUUAAAGCCAUACCUUGCACGAGACGAUAUUAUCCGCAUCGUUAAAGCACCAUGCCUGAGAUCGCUGAAGUAGCACGCAUCGUGCACUAUCUCAAAAAGCAUGCUGUGGGCAAGACGGUGGAAGCCGUGAAGACGCAAGAGGAUGAUAUCAUCUACGGCAAAGUCGGCACGUCAGCAUCCGCGUUCCAGAAAGCCAUCACCGGAAAGAAGAUUGUUGAUGCCCGCCAACAAGGCAAAUACUUCUGGCUUGUCAUGGACUCCCCUCCGCACCCUUUGAUUCAUCUUGGUAUGUCAGGAUGGUUGAAUUUUAGCAACGAUCCAGCAGCACACUAUCGCCCAGCUAAGCCCCAGGAAGAGGUAUGGCCGCCAAAGUUCUGGAAAUUCGUGCUACAGUUGAAAGAGGAUCCGAAGAGUGAAGUCGCAUUCGUCGACGCCAGGAGAUUGGGUAGAAUCAGGCUGGUAGACGCAGCAGCUGAAGACAUGCGGAAGACCUCACCACUCAAGGAGAAUGGCCCAGAUCCGGUGAUAGACAAGGACAUCUUGACCGUCGACUGGCUGAGUAAGAAAUUAAGAAGUAAGAAGGUGCCUGUAAAAGCGCUGUUACUUGAUCAGGGCAAUAUAUCAGGCAUAGGAAAUUGGGUUGGUGAUGAGGUCAUGUACCAAGCCCGGCUGCACCCCGAGCAGUACAGCAACACAUUCAGCGACGAGCAGAUCAAGCGACUUCAUAACGCUAUCAUGUACGUUUGCGACACUGCCGUUGGAGUCAAUGCAGAGGCCGACCGCUUUCCCAAAGACUGGCUUAUGAAGCACCGUUGGAGCAAGGGCAAGAAGGACGGUAGUCAGCUGCCAAACGGCGACAAAAUCACCUUUUUGAAAGUUGGUGGACGAACAUCAGCUAUUGUACCGAGCGUACAGAAGAAGACGGCAGCUGUUGCUGGUGAUGUCUCUGAGAGUGCUGAGGAUGAGAAGCCCGAAGAAAAGGUGACCAAGCCGAAGACGAGCAGUAAAAGGAAGGCCAAGGCCGUCAAGGAGGAAGAGGAGGAAGAAGAAGAUAUUGAGGCACCGGCGAAGCCAAAGAGAAGCCGUAAGAAGGCAGAGGAGGACGUUAAGGUUGAAGUCAAGGAUGAGACUAUAACAGAGAAAGCCCCCGCCCCCAAGAAGCAAAAGACGGCAGCCAAGGAACCGCCGAAGAAGGACAGGAAGCUACAGACGGAGGUUAAAGCCGAGGACACAAGUGGAAGACGUAGGUCUGGUCGCCUUUCCAAGUGAAUAUUACGGAAAGGCUGAGCGGUUUUGUCAUGAGCGGAAAUGCGGAUGAGGGCGGAGAUGAUUACCACUGGCCUUGUAUAAUUGAUGUUGAACCAAGUACUUGGAUCUGCUGAGGCGUGCUGGUUUGACAGAAACCGCGUCUCAGAAUAUUUGACGCAAGACUUGGUAAUGUUGGCCGAAAUUGCAUGAGCUCGAAGCGAACAUUGUUUCAGCAAGAGGUGUCUGCCUGUUCAUACUAGAGUAAUGCAGAUGGUGGGACUCAGCUGGUGGUUAUAGUGCACGUGCCUUUUGAGGAUUCGAGUGCGGGACGCUAGCGGUCAUGAUGUUCCGAUAUUGAAUUUGAGAG